AUGGCUUCCCUUCUCAUCACACGUGGUCUCCACUCUCUGAUCGCCUCUCGAGACAGCACCCCACAUGAGAGCGUCGCCUGGAAUGCAAUCACCAGACGAGAUUCCGAGAAACAUCAGGUCUUGUCUACGGUAUUGCUCUUUGUAUGGGUUGUGAUCAACAUCGCACUCUUCGUACCGGUGUUUUUCAUCCUCGUGUAUACACUCACUAGGCUCUACCCAACGCUUGCAAUCGUUGAGGACGCUGAUUCCCCUCCUGACUAUGAGCUUGUCUCCGGGAAGGAAGUUGAUAUCGAUGAGGAUGGGAAGGUCGACGCGGGCAGCAAUUCGAAAGACACGACCAUCGAGACCGACAAUUCACUUGAUGGAAAAGGAUCCUCAGUAACGCUCAUGCCAGACGAGACAGCAGGUAUCCCUUCUACCCCGUCUCAACCAGUAACCUCCGGGCUCCUCGCCACUCUCCGCCUCCUCCGCGCAAGUGGCGGUGGUCUCUUCAAAGCCUUCAGAUGGCAGUUCCUGUCCAACUGCGUCGUAGUUAUGGUUUUUGCUUGCCUCAGCUCAGUCCCGUACUUGCCAUAUCUCGCCUCCUCCAUCAUCGCCUCUCUCGCAGCAACCAAGGUCGAGACAGCAUGGACCCACGCCGCCGUGUCCACGCAGCGGGAUGGACGCCUCUGGAAAAAGUUACCCAGCUACCUUGCGAUCUUCAAGGCCACAGCUAUCCCUCUUGUCGCCGAGGCUGUAGUAAUAGAGAUCAUCAACGCCGUCGCGUUUCUGCCUCUUGGUCCAAGGACGGGCAGUUUUGACUCUCUGGGCGUCAUCCCCCGGUUCGCUCACAACGAGAGCCUCCUGAGGCUCUCUGUGGUCAUGGUGCUCUUCUUCACGCUAUACACCUUCCUCCUGGUCCCGACAGAAGUCAUCUUGACCCGGACACGGGCCAGCAUGCUCCCUGAUGAUGCUAGCACACUGGUUCCGCUUGAUUCGUCGAUCCGGUCACAGAAGGCGGAGCAGAUGGGCUUCAUGUCAUGGAUCCACGCAUGGCGGACGUUCUCUCGCGCAUCUUGGGUCAGGAUCGUCAAGAUCUACGCUAAGAUCUUCGCCACUACGAUCCUAGUUGAGUUCGCUGUUUCCGGGCUCAUUAUUGCGCAAGCUCUGCUUUACUCAGUCGUGAUGCAGCCAAAAACGGCUGCUCAUUAG